GCAGUUUGGCACAGAUUGAGCUGAAGUGUCCCGCAGGGAGAAGUGACCCUCCCGCACCUGGGCUGAAUAGCUGUUUCAUUUCCAUAUAGAUGACUAUGCAGCCUGCAAUUCAAGUGUGGUUUGGAGAAGAUCUGCCUCUAAGUCCACGGAGUCCUCUGACCCCCAGACAUGGACCAGGGUUGGCUGAUGUUUGUCAGUAUGAUGAGUGGAUAGCUGUGAGGCAUGAAGCUACUCUGUUGCCUAUGCAAGAAGAUCUGUCUAUCUGGUUAUCUGGUCUAUUAGGUAUUGAAGUUAAGGCAGAAAGACUAUUGGAAGAACUUGAUAAUGGAGUGCUCUUAUGCCAAUUGAUUGAUGUUCUUCAAAAUAUGGUGAAAGCAUGCAACUCUGAAGAAUCAGGGAAUUUUCCAAUGAGAAAAGUGCCUUGUAAGAAAGAUGCUGCAUCAGGUUCAUUCUUUGCCAGAGACAAUACCGCCAAUUUUCUUCACUGGUGUAGAGACAUUGGGGUUGAUGAAACUUACCUCUUUGAAUCUGAAGGUUUAGUUUUACACAAAGAUCCAAGACAAGUAUAUCUUUGUCUGCUUGAAAUUGGCCGCAUUGUGUCAAGAUAUGGGGUUGAGCCACCAGUGUUAGUAAAACUUGAGAAAGAAAUUGAGUUAGAAGAGACCUUGCUUAAUACUUCUGGACCUGAAGAUUCUAUCAACAUACCAAAAUCGCGCUGUCAGCAUGAAGAGCUACAUGAAGCUGUUAAACAUAUUGCUGAAGAUCCUCCUUGUAGUUGUUCUCAUUGAUUUUCUAUUGAGUACUUAUCUGAAGGAUGAUACCGACUAGGGGAUAAAAUACUCUUCAUAAGGAUGCUUCAUGGAAAACAUGUCAUGGUCCGUGUUGGAGGAGGCUGGGAUACUCUUCAAGGAUUUUUGCUUAAAUAUGAUCCAUGUCGAACAUUACAGUUUGCUACACUAGAACAAAAAAUUCUAGCAUUUCAAAAAGGAAUUUCUAAUGAAAGUAUUCCUGAUUCACCCAGCAGAACACCUCAACUUCCUGAAAUGAAUCCUUUGUCAGCAGUUAACAUGUUUCAGAAACAAAACUUAAAGCCUAGCACGCUAGUUGGUAUUCCAAGGAGCAAGGAAAAGCAGGUUCACCCAACAGGUGUAUUGCUGCCUGCUUCUUCAUUAAAAGGUAAUACAGGCUCCAUGUCAGUCCGUUCGAAAUUUCCAGAUUCUUCAGCAUCUUCUCAUCUCAAGCUCAAGUCUUCAAAAGGUGUAACAAAGAAACCACUUGCUCCUUCAAACAAUGUUUCAUCUUCCCUUGCUUCUUUAAGUCCUGUAGAUAAAAACACUUCUUCACCACCUUUAUCAAGAACUGGACCUUGUGUAUCUGAGUCAGUGAGAAAAUGUGUCACAUCCCCCAAAAAGGUCAAGGCUCUUCCCUGCCAGAAAGCUACAGGUGUUCUUGAGCCUAAACUUUUGCCAAAUAAGUGUUCUGGAAAAACUCAAUCAAGGUACUUGAAACACAGUCACAUUUCUUCUAGGGAUGAUGCAUUAUUUCACUCACCUGCACCUGUAAGUUCAUCAAAGUGUCCACAGUUACCAAAAGCAAAUAUACAGGUAAGGCCUAAACCUUCUCCUUCUUUUCAGUCCCCUAGAAAAAUGGCAAAACCCAGUUCUAAAACCACAGCUACAGAUCUAGGAACACAGACUGAAGCAUCUAAUGGAAGCCUACAAACAGGGGCAAUCCCAGCACAGAAACUUAAGUCUGCCUUGAAUUUAAAUCAACCAGUUUCCGUAUCUUCAGUUUGUCCUGCAAAAGCUGCACAAGAAUUGAAAGAUAAGAAGAUAGUUUCAGGUGCCAAAAAGCAGCCUCAGAAUAAAAGUACAUGCCAGAAGACAGGAUCCAGCUCCUCAAAGUCUCCUGGUCGUACUCCACUGUCCAUUGUGAGUCUUCCCCAGUCUGCUGCCAAAACACAAAUUGCACCAAAGUCAGCACACCCUGCCCCUAAGGGCCAGUAUUCAGCUAAAGGGCCUCCAAAGAGUGGCAAACCCCAAGCUUCAACCAGGAAACCACCCUCAUCUGGUAAGGGAACAGAUAGUGGAGGAAAAAAACCUACCACAAAGAAAAAGGAGGAUGAUGACCAUUAUUUUGUUAUGACUGGAAGUAAGAAACCUAGAAAAUAAAUACAUGUGGGUCACUUUAAGAAGUCAGAAGAAAGGAGCAAAAUGAAUGAGUUAGCUUCAAAUCUUAAAGGUUUUUCCUGUUUGUGUUUGUUCAAAUAGGUGCAGACAUUAAAUAUAAGAAGGUAGGGGAUAGAGGUGGAGGCUGGGAUGAGGAGAAGGCUCAUCAGAAGUCACAUGUCUGAAUUCACCUAGAAGCUAUCCUUCUGAGGCAAACAAGUGUAGAAUCACCAAAGGGUUCUUAUUAUUAUAGACAUACAGGUAAUUUUUAAGCCAUAGCAUCUUGUUAAUGUCUGUCUGUUAAGGGAAAUGUAAAAGUCAAAUAACACUACUAGAAUUAUAACUAUAGUUGUUAUAUUUUUGAAUGGGUAUUAAACAUGGAGGUUUUAUACCUGCUAAUGGCAACACUGGUGCUUACAUUAGAGUUACUACAUUUCAGUAAGAAAGCAACGGUUUUGCGUUUGUCCCAUAAAAGGCACCUAAUUUAAUUUCCUCAUCAGGAUUACCUGAUUCAGCAAUACUAAGUACUAAUGGCUGCUGCUGAUUGGCAUGGCAUUACUCUGGGUUAGGUAGAAUUCUUAUUAUUUAAAUAUUUUCAAGUUUUCCAAAUCAGAAGGAACUGAUUUUUUAAUCUGGCUUAUAUUGGCAAUGAUAUUUUAUCACUAAUAUUUUGGUUAAAAACAAUUAAAUAAGCUUAUUGAAAUAUAAGCAAAUUUAGUAAAAACAAAACAAGAUUUUACAUACAUCAUCUGUAAAAAUUUAGAUACCUUAUAAUUUUAGAUGGAUGUUGUGCAGUAUUAGAGCAGAAAUGGAUUUAUUGGCUUUCAUCAUGUUACAGGUAUUUUAAAUGCAAUUCCCUAUGAAAGCAGGUAUGAAUUUUUACAUUAAAAUAUGUUCUAACAAUCUUAAAAUUAAGAUGAUAUUAAAAGAAUCUUUGAGAGAUACUGUAUAUAAAUUCUAUCAAAUGUUAUUUCUUUUGAUAACAUAACCAGGUUUAAUUACAUUCUUCCAAUUCUGUUAAUUUUCUUUAAUUAAGUUAAAGCAGACAGCAUGUAUGCUGCACUUUGUUCUCUAGGCAGAUACUUUCAAGAAACUACCCAGAUUUUGUAUGAGUGUAUAGACUCAUCCACCCAAAGUGAUAGUGGUAAAUAAUUUAUUUAAGGGAUUGUGACUAUUUAAAAAUUAUUAAUGUACUUUGAGAAAUUUUAAGGGCACUUUUAAUAACUUUAUAGUAUAAUCACAGCAUUUAUGUUCAGUAUUGAGAUUUGUAUUUCUCUAUUGUUUUAAACUCAAGUAUAUUUUUUAUAGGAACAAAAUUAUGUACAAUCACGGAAUAAGCAUUUAAGUUGGCUACUAAUAUUCUAUAGGUUAUAACAUAAUAUUUUUUUUUAAAGUAAGUGGUCUUUUUAUUAAAAUAAGUGAUCUUUUGCCUGAGGAUCACAGUUAAAAAGUCAGGUUAGUUUUUUGAAUAAAUGAUUAUUUUAUUUAUAAAAUAAAUAAUGAUUUUUUAAAAAAAGAGACAGCCACCAAAUAUUUAGUUUAGUUCCUCUAUUCUGGACAUUGAAAGGGAUAAUAUUUACAUCCUUGGGGAGAGAAGUCAGUGUUCAAGAGGUGACAGGAGCAUUGUUUUUAGUAAUAAGAAAUAUUUAAAGCAUCUUUCAAAGAGAAAGAAUUUUACCUUCACAGAAUUUUUUUCCAUAUAAGACCAAACAAUGGUUCUAUAUCAGUAACUUUUAGAACUGAGAGGAAAAAAGUAAAUGGUAUUAUGGCUAGCCUGUGAACCAAGUAGGUCUUACAAUCUUGUAAACAUUAACUUUUGUGUUGAGAGAAAUAAAAAAUAACAGUAUUCCAGAAGCACCUGACACAAAUUCCAGAA